AUGACAAGCGACCCGUCGACCCACUCGCCCACGACAAGGCCACGGGAAGCAGUUCGAACGAUGCCAGCGCCCACGAUGCACAUUCUUGGUCCUUUUCCAGAUUUGAUUGCAAAACGACUCGUCCAAGUAGACCUCCGGGAGCAAUGGGGCUCCAGCGUCAGACCGAUUCGCAAGCAUCUUGCGCAGGCAAACCCCAUGCGACGCAAGACCCGGCGCAUCGUUCGUACAGCAACAGUGACGUCGUACAGUUUAUGGAGGUCGUUGCACAAGGUGAUCGCGGUCGGUGGCCACGCUGCGUGCUUGCUUGUGUGA